AAGUAUUUUACCUGGAUCAUUUUGAAUACCUUCAUUUUUUCUUGCCCGCCUAUGGUUGGAGCAGAACAAACGAUAGUUAUUUCUACAGAAUGUGGACUAAUUCAGGGAAUCAAAGAUAAAAGCUAUGUUUUUAAGGGAAUUCCUUACGCCUUGCCCCCCGUGAGGAAUCGACGAUGGAAUCAACCCAUUCCUGUUAGCAGGGAGGUUGGAACUUGCUGGCAAAGGAUCUACCCUGCACUAAAAUUCGGUAACACAUGCGCUCAGAAAAAUCCCCUGAACGAAAGUCUAACCUUGGGAAGUGAAGAUUGCUUGUAUUUAAAUGUGUGGACCCCUACAGUUACUAAAAGUGAUAAACUACCUGUUAUGGUGUACAUACAUGGCGGGAGUUUACAAUUUGCAAAUGGGAAUUGGCCGACUUAUUGUCCAACCGAAAGCCUCGCGAUGGAAACAGACAUUGUUCAUGUGAGUUUUAAUUAUCGUCUUCAUGCUUUCGGUUUUAUGGCUUUGGAUAUACUCUCGGCUGCUUCCGGAACCAAAACAUCUGGAAACUAUGGAUUUAUGGAUCAACUCGCUGCUCUCCAAUGGGUGAAGGCAAACAUUGAAAACUUCGGAGGAGACCCAAAUAAAAUAACACUCUAUGGACAAAGUUCAGGUGGAACAAGUGUAUUUGCGCUUUUAGCUUCACCCUUCUCAAAUGGCCUUUUCCAAAGAGCAUGGAUGUUGAGUGCUUCGCCUAUUCUAAACAAAACUUUGGAAGAUGCAUCUCGAGAUAAUCGAGUCUUUCUAGAACGAUCCGGAUGUUCCACUGUACAAUGUCUGUAUGAUCUUCCGGUAGAUGACGUCAUUAAAGCUGUUCCGUGGAACAUUUAUCCGUUCUGGGCUAUGACAGAUCAGGGUAAUCUUCCAGUCAAAGGUCAAUUUGACGGAGCAAUGGCAAUUGUCGACGGUUAUAUAAUACCACAUCCUCCCUUUGAAGCCUGGGAAAUGGGGAAGACAAUAGAUGUUCCUCUUAUGAUUGGUACAACUGGACAAGAAAUAGAUUACCAGCCUUCAUAUAAUGAUCUUUACAACUGGACAUGGUCACAUUAUGAAAAUGUCGUAACAGCUAAGUUGGGAACAUUCGGAUUAGAUGUUGCAAAACGGGCACUGGAGUUAUAUCCCAUGUACAACGUAACUCCGGAGUACCAGUUUACUAGCCUCGUUUCCGACAUUCGUGUCACGUGCCCAAACGACAUUUUAACCAUGAAAGCAGCGAAAUCGUUCAAAUCACCGGUUUACCGAUAUGUGGUGACGUCAGCGCCCUCGGCCCCAAUUCAUCUGUUUGGACUACCUUUUCCAGCUCGAUAUUCUAUGCAUGCUUGGGACAUGUUGGCGUUUUUUGGGACCAUCGGUGAUUAUAUAGCGGUGCAACAAUCAGACAAAAUGUUUUCAGACCUUGUGAGAAGGGAAAUGUUGUCCUUUGUCCAUACGGGAAAACCUUUUACAGAAACCUGGGGAACAUUUGGUGAUUCUGUGGCAAUACUAAAUACCACACUAUCAGUGGCAAAGUACUACCAUGAAACCGAAUGUCAGUAUUGGAUGAACGCGGCCAAACUGUGGCCCUAUGCCUGGAUAAACUAGUCCUUUAAAGGCUCUUAAAUUUUAGCCCAAUAUCUUUAUCAUAAUAAAUUGAUAGAAGUACA